GAGCUUUGGAAGACGUCAGCACAAUGGGGCAAGGAGUAUGGUGAUAUCGUUUACACCCGCCUCUUUGGAAAGGGAAUCAUCUUCUUGAACUCGGUUGACGUCGUGAACGCUCUGAUAGAUAAGCGCGCCAAUCCCUAUUCCGAUAAACCCCGCCUCGUCAUGGUCAAUGAACUCUGUGGUGCUGGUAACAUGGUUGUCUUCACCAACUAUGGUGAUCGUGCUCACCGUCAACGCUGUCUCAUGUCGCACACCCUCAGUCAGCUCCGUGUCCCUCGCCACUAG